UACAAAAUUUAUUUUGAGCAGUUGAAAAGUUUUGACGUAAAUUACAUUGCAUGAUCAUUUUCAUUGUUGGACUUCUUGGUUUCUGGCACAUUGUGCUUUUACUGCAGAUUGCCAUGAACGUAAAGAAAGUAGAAGUUGCUUGCUGCAUUAUAUAUUAGAAUGUUUGCAGUGGCAGGUCUUUUAUCUUGAGACAUCAAGGUGAAAAUGGCAAACCUGAAAACUUCCUUCCAACUUUUAUCAAUUCUCCUUUCUCUUCAGAUAUUCUUGAAAUCAGUUUCCCUUGAAGCAAUUACACUGAGUGCCAAUUCCAGCCAUUUCAAUGCAGGUUGCAUUGACAUUGAGAGGGAAGCGCUUAUUAAAUUCAAAGCAGAUCUUAAAGAUCCUUCAGGUCGGCUUUCUUCUUGGGUUGGAAAAGAUUGCUGUUCACGGCUAGGAGUUGGUUGCAGCAGGGAAACUGGAAAUAUCAUUAUGCUUGAUCUUAAGAACCGAUUUCCAUACACCUUUAUAAAUCUAGAAGGUGAUGCAUAUGAAAAGGGUAUGGCAGCUUAUCGACUCUCAUGCCUUGGAGGUAACUUAAAUCCUUCUUUGCUUGAAUUGAAGUAUUUAUAUUACCUGGAUUUAAGUUUCAACAAUUUCCAAGGAUUAACGAUUCCAAGCUUUAUCGGUUCCCUGAGUGAGCUGACUUAUCUUGACCUCUCUAGCUCAUCAUUUUUUGGACUAGUUCCUCCCCAUCUUGGAAAUUUGUCGAACUUGCGUUAUCUUAACCUGAAUUCUCCUUCUGUUCUGAAUAUAUCCUCAUACUUUCAAAAUCUUCCCCACAAUUAUCAUGUUUCUGAUCUGAAUUGGAUCACUAGACUUUCUCAUUUGGAAUACCUAAAUUUAGCAUACAUUAAUCUAAGUUCUGCAUCACCCACUUGGCUGCAGGAUAUUAAUAUGCUUCCUUCUCUAUCUCAGCUGCAUUUGCCCUUCUGCAAUCUAUAUCACUUCCCUCAAACUCUCCCAAUGAUGAAUUUCAGCUCUCUUCUCCUCCUUGACCUCGAAGGGAAUGAAUUCAAUACUACGAUACCUCAAUGGUUGUUCAAUAUUAGUACCCUCAUGUACCCUGACUUAGCAAAUUGUAAGAUUCAAGGCCGCUUGUCAAAUAAUGACGGGAGAACACUUUGCAAUUUGAAAGGUUUAUUCCUUUCAGACAACAAGAACACUGGUGAGAUGACUGAUUUUUUAGAGAGUAUGUCGAUGUGUAGUAAUAGUAGCUUGGAGAUGCUUAUAGUGACUCGGAAUCGCUUAAGUGGGCAAAUACCUGAGUCAAUAGGAAAGUUCAAGUAUUUGAGAACUUCACAACUUGGGGGCAACUCUUUUUCUGGUUCAAUUCCAUUGUCUAUUGGAAAUUUGUCAUUUUUGGAGGACUUAUCUCUAAAUGGUAAUGAGAUGAAUGGAACAAUCCCUGACACUAUUAGACAGCUCUCAGGAUUAGUUUCCUUAGAUCUAGCUUACAAUUCUUGGAGAGGCGUUGUCUCCGAAGAUCAUUUGUCAGGUCUUGCAAAGCUGAAGUAUUUCACUGUAUCCUCUCACAGGCAAUCAUUAGCUGAUUUAAGAAAUAAAUGGAUCCCUGCAUUUAGUCUUAAAGUAUUUAGAAUGUAUGAUUGCCAUUGGGGUUCCACAUUUCCUUCAUGGCUUAAAACUCAAAAAAAUCUUUCUGGUUUAGCUCUAGCAAAUGCAGGGAUUUCGGGCAUAAUUCCUGAUUGGGUAUGGAAAUUGUCGCCACAAUUGGGUCUGUUAGAUCUCUCUAGUAACCAAUUGGAAGGGGAACUUCCCAGUGCUUUACAAUUUAAGGCAAGAGCUGUAAUUGAUUUGAGUUCCAAUCGCUUGGAGGGCCCAGUCCCAGUUUGGUUUAACGUGAGUUAUCUGAAACUAAACAGUAAUUUGUUUUCUGGUGUAAUUCCCUCAAAUUUCUUUCAAGAAGUACCAUUUUUAAGAUCCCUUUACCUUUCUGACAACUUGAUAAACGGUAGCAUUCCCACAUCUAUAAGUAGAGAAAACAGUUUGCAGUUUCUUGAUCUCUCAAGAAACCAGUUGUCUGGAAAUCUCCACAUUCCAUGGAAGUACCUACCUGAUAUGAUCGUCAUCAACCUAUCCAACAACAGCCUAUCUGGUGAAAUUCCUCCAUCGAUAUGUUCAUGCCCCUACCUUCAAGUAUUGGCAUUAUUCGGAAACAAUCUCUCAGGUGUACCCUAUCUGGCCUUGAGAAAUUGUACAGAAUUGGACACUCUGGAUCUUGGAGAAAAUGGAUUCUCUGGAAGCAUACCAAAGUGGGUUGGAAAGAACCUAUUAAGACUUCAACUCUUAAGUCUAAGAGGCAACAUGUUUAGUGGAAAUAUUCCUCCGGAGCUAUGUGGUCUCCCUGCUCUCCAUGUCAUGGACUUGGCACAUAACAUUUUUUUUGGAUUCAUCCCUCCAUGCCUUGGAAAUUUAAGUGGUUUGAAAACUCCUGCUUUUUAUCAACCGUAUAGCCCAAAUGAGUAUACAUACUAUUCUAGUAGAAUGGUAUUGGUUACCAAGGGAAGACAGCUCGAAUACAUGCACAUACUUAGUCUUGUAAAUCUGAUAGACUUCUCCAGAAAUAGUUUCAGGGGAGAAAUUCCAGAAAAGAUAACUAGUCUUGCAUAUUUGGGGACCUUAAAUCUGUCUCAGAAUCAAUUGACAGGAAAGAUUCCAGAAAAUAUUGGAGAGCUACAACGAUUAGAAACUCUUGAUAUCUCACUGAAUCAUCUAUCAGGCUCCAUUCCUCCAAGCAUGUCUUCCAUGACUCUCUUGAGCUCCCUGAACUUGUCAUACAAUAACUUAUCAGGACCAAUUCCAUCAGCCAACCAGUUCAAGACCCUUAAUGAUCCUUCCAUAUAUGAAGGUAACUCUCAACUUUGUGGAUCUCCACUACCAACCAACUGCUCAACAUCAACUAAGGAGGAUUCAGGUUUCAGUGGUGAUGAAGGUGAAGAUGAAAGUUGGAUUGACAUGUGGUGGUUUUACAUUGCCUUGGCACCAGGAUUUUCUUUGGGGUUUUGGGUUGUCUGUGGGACUUUGAUACUGAAAAAGCGUUGGAGAUAUGCCUAUUUCCGGUUCGUUGACAGAGUAAAAGACAGAACUUUUGUGGUGUUCACAGUGAGUAAGGCUCGAUUGCAAAGAAAAUUGGGAGAGUGAAAGAUAGAUGGGACACUGCUGCGAGCAGGCUGCAGCAGUCUGAUCGAUGCAAUCAGAAAAAAGUAAGGAACUUUGCAAGAAACAAAACCCAAGAGAAUUAGAAGAUUGUUUUCUAUAUAUUGAACUCUAUUUCCAUGUUCUUGGUUUCCUUUUCUGGUGUAUUGUUGUCAUUAAUAACUUUGGGCAAUAUGGUUCGUCUGAUAGUCUGGUACUGUAGUCUGUAAAUUAUAGUUCUUUUAGGCUUCUGUUUCUUUUUGUUUGUUCUUGCGCAGUGCUGGAAGGAACUGGAUUUGCUGUGUUCUAUUCCUCUUUACUAUGGUUUGGGUGUAUUUUCCUCA